AUGGCCAGCGACCAAUGGCGCCCUCGUCAUCAUCCCGACAUCUCCCGCGCUGCGAUCGACUUCACCCUCUCUCCGCACCACACCUGCCCGACUGCCAUCGAGCUCUCCCUGGAUGCCGACGAGGAUGCUAGUCCUGGGCCAGCCAAAGAAGCGUGCGACGGUCCAGAGGAAGCCUCGGACUCUGCCAGCAUCAGAUGUCAAAGCACGAAUGGGCCAGUUACGAUCCAUCUCGGUCGACCUAUGGCUUGCAGCAUGUACACUACCUGGCACAUUUCUGGACUUGUCACUGGCUCGAUGGUGGUGCUCAAGCGUAUGAUGAUGUUUGAAGCCUACUGGCAGUGCUUCGGCCCUGUGUUGUAG